AUGAUCUCUAGCUGCAGGUCUGGAGUCCAGCAGAUGCUUGGUCAGGCAUUUCAGUGGCAGAGUCGGACCCGAUUUCUCUGCAGCAGCUUCGCCUUGCCACCAUUGUUUCGCCAUCAUGAAGAUGUAUGUUUUUGUUCUGGGCUUCGCCUGGCUGCAUCUGCAGGCUUCUGUUCAGGGUGGAACAGAUACAGGAUCUACUCUAAAAAUCCCCUCUACUGCUGCACCAACCACCUCUACUGCUUCACCAACCACCUCUACCGCUGCACCAACCACCUCUACCGCUGCACCAACCACCUCUACCGCUGCACCAACCACCUCUACCGCUGCACCAACCACCUCUACCGCUGCACCAACCACCUCUACCGCUGCACCAACCACCUCUACCGCUGCACCAACCACUUCUACCGCUGCACCAACCACCUCUACCGCUGCACCAACCACCUCUACUGCUGCACCAACCACUACUGCCACUACCAAACCAUCAACCACCUUAGCCACCACAGAGAGCGGAGGCUCUGGGGUAAAAGCUUCCAUGCUGUUUGUUGUAGCCCUUUUCCACAUGUUCUGUAUGUAAAAGCUUUAUUCCUCAAUCAUGUAAAGACAUGUGAAGAUCAGGUUUACCACUUUAAUCUCUUGUGUCACGGUUUGGGUUUCUAUCUUUUCUUGUUUUAUUUUGAAAGCCUGUGUACUUGCCUUUUAGUUCUGUUUUGACUUCCCUUAUUCCCAUUUGCCAUGAGUGUUUGUACCUGUGUUUUGUCACCCUGUGUGUCUAUAUCUUUGUACCUUGCUCCAUGCUGGUCUGUAGUUCAUGCCAUGGUUACUUUUUUGUUCAUGUACUCCAUCCUGGUUCAGUCUAGUUUUUGUUCAACCUGUUAAUCCCUAGGGAUUGUGGAGGUGAGUUUUGCCUAAACAAGCCUCUCCAAAUUAAAUCAACAAUAUCUCCCCUAUUAUAAGGACAAUAUGCAUAAUAUUGGUCUCAAUGGAUAGCCAAGACCUCACAGCAUACAUUUCCUGUGUCAGAAAAAUGUUGAAUUUGCACAUGCCUAAGCAAAUUGUGAUAAACCAAAGAAAAAAAUGACAUUCUUAUCCUCAUCUAAUUUUUUUUACAGUGGAAAACAUCAUGAUAGUAAUGCAUCUAUGCAAAAAGAUACCACUGUCUGCAUUCAGCAACUCAAUGACGACAAUAUACCAAGUUAAAUGAGAAUAGCUUAAAGCACAUAGAUUUUAUAAAGGUUUUAGUGUGGAUAGUACUGUACCAGGCGGACUCUCCAUUUGGGCACUGUGCCAAAAUGUGCCAAAUGUGUUUUUUACCUCUUUGAACAGAAUCUGGCUAUAAAAUACUUCCACUACAGGAAGCUGUGUGUAUACAAUGCAUUCUAUGGCUCUGGCAUUUAGCCACUGUAGCACCAGUUUCUUUCAUUCUGCACAGUAUAAAAUCAAUAAAAAAUGAGUAGACAGUGAA